AGUGUCUCCACUGCAGAAGUCUGAGAUAGUGGAUGUGGUGAAGAAGCGGGUGAAGGCCAUCACCCUGGCCAUCGGGGAUGGUGCCAAUGACGUUGGGAUGAUCCAGACUGCCCACGUGGGUGUGGGGAUCAGCGGGAACGAGGGCAUGCAGGCCACCAACAACUCAGAUUAUGCCAUCGCACAGUUUUCCUACUUGGAGAAGCUGCUCUUGGUUCAUGGGGCUUGGAGCUACAACCGGGUGACCAAGUGCAUCCUGUACUGCUUCUACAAGAACGUGGUCCUCUAUAUCAUCGAGCUCUGGUUCGCCUUUGUUAAUGGAUUUUCGGGGCAGAUUUUAUUUGAGCGCUGGUGCAUCGGCUUGUACAAUGUGAUCUUCACGGCCUUGCCGCCCUUCACGCUGGGAAUCUUUGAGAGGUCUUGUACUCAGGAGAGCAUGCUCAGGUUUCCUCAGCUCUACAAAAUCACCCAGAAUGCUGAAGGCUUCAACACCAAGGUUUUCUGGGGUCACUGCAUCCACGCCUUGGUUCACUCCCUCAUCCUCUUCUGGUUUCCAAUGAAAGCGCUGGAGCACGACACUCCAUUGGCCAGUGGUCAUGCCACAGACUAUCUGUUUGUUGGAAAUAUUGUUUACACGUACGUGGUGGUUACAGUUUGUCUGAAAGCUGGUUUGGAGACUACAGCUUGGACAAAAUUUAGUCACCUGGCCGUCUGGGGAAGCAUGCUGAUCUGGCUGGUGUUUUUUGGCGUCUAUUCAACCAUAUGGCCCACCAUCCCCAUUGCUCCUGACAUGAAAGGGCAGCUAAUACCUCCAAGUGUUCAGGCUCUGCACGAGAAUGGGAGCCAGGCAGGCUGGUCCUGUGCUGCUGAAGCAGGCUUGCAUGACAUUAGCUGCGUCUUUGUUGUCUCAAGUCCUCUCGGUGCACACUCCUUUGAGUACUUCUACUUCCAGUGGGCUGAAGGUUGCUGGUUGCAGACACAUACUCCCAUCGAGGGGUUGACUUUCAAAUUUCAGAGGAGCCAAGCUCGUCACACAGCCCCUGAGGCACUCACAUUCCUGCAGGAGGCCCGCAAGCUUGCCAGUCUGUGUGGCUUCAAGGUUUACCUUAAUGGUGAUACUUACAUAUGA